AUGAUGCAUCAACAAGGGUCGUUUGUCUCGCCGUUGUUGAGUGGGGUUUUCUGCCAGUGUCGAUCUGAUGAGGCUUAUCUGGGCGCGGACCCGGGAGGUAGUGGCACUGGGACGCGUAGCGGGAAGGGAUCCCCUCCAGCGCCUUCAGCCUCAUAUGGAAGUUACUCGAAGUUGGAACAUGGGGAUGAACCAUGUGAAUCAGCCCAUCUCUGCGAGGUCUGCGGUGGACCCGAACAAGAACACCGACUCAAAGUGCUAUUUCAGAUAUUGGAUGUGAACCGGGACGGCGGCAUCUGUGUCAACGACCUAACCAUCGGUCUGAAAAAACUUGGUGUCCAUCGAACCGAGCAUGAACUCAUGAAAAUCGUGAAAGCAGGAGAUAAGGAUCUUGAUGGGCAGCUGGACUUUGAGGAAUUUGUUCAUUAUUUACGCGACCAUGAAAAGAAACUGAGGCUUGUCUUCAAGAGCUUGGACAAGAAGAAUGAUGGUCGGAUAGACUCACAAGAGAUCAUGCAGUCUCUCCGAGAUUUGGGGGUUCACAUUUCAGAGCAGCAGGCUGAGAAAAUCCUCAAGAGAAUAAGGAAGGGUUAUGUUUGGGCCCCUAUAAUUUAUAUGGAUAAGAACGGUACAAUGACCAUUGACUGGAACGAAUGGCGAGACUACCACUUGCUCCACCCUGCAGACAACAUUCCUGAAAUCAUUCUUUACUGGAAACACUCCACGAUCUUUGAUGUGGGUGAGAGUAUGAUUGUGCCAGAUGAGUUCACAGCAGAGGAGAAAAAGAGUGGCAUGCUUUGGCGCCAUCUAGUGGCUGGAGGAGGAGCUGGUGCUGUGUCCCGUACCUGUACUGCUCCACUGGACAGACUCAAAGUUCUCAUGCAGGUUCAUUCUUCCCGUAGUAACACAAUGAACAUCGUGGGUGGGUUCACUCAAAUGAUCAGAGAGGGAGGCAUGCGGUCGCUAUGGCGAGGGAACGGCAUCAACGUUCUUAAGAUUGCACCCGAGUCUGCCAUCAAAUUUAUGGCCUACGAACAGAUUAAACGUCUGAUUGGCAGUAAGCAGGAGACUCUAGGAAUUUUCGAGAGGUUGGUGGCAGGGUCUCUAGCUGGAGCCAUUGCUCAGAGCAGCAUCUAUCCUAUGGAGGUUCUGAAGACUCGAUUGGCCCUGAGGAAGACGGGUCAGUACUCUGGGAUCGUGGACUGUGCCAAGCAUGUGUUUCAGAAAGAGGGAGUAGCAGCGUUCUAUAAGGGCUACAUUCCCAACAUGCUUGGUAUCAUACCAUACGCCGGCAUAGACCUGGCUGUUUAUGAGACACUAAAGAAUUCCUGGCUGCAGCGCUGUGCCACUGAUAGUGCUGAUCCCGGCGUGUUUGUGCUGCUGGCAUGUGGCACCAUUUCCAGCACGUGUGGUCAGUUGGCCAGUUACCCUUUGGCACUGGUUAGGACAAGAAUGCAAGCACAGGCCUCUGUGGAGGGUUCUCCUCAGAUGACUAUGACUGGUUUGUUUAAACACAUCGUGCAGACAGAGGGAGCGACAGGGCUGUAUCGCGGUCUGGCCCCUAACUUCAUGAAGGUGGUCCCAGCCGUCAGCAUCAGUUACGUAGUGUACGAGAACCUCAAACUAACACUGGGGGUCCAGUCACGGUGAGCAGCCAACGCUGUAGGGUUUUGUUUUUGUUUUGUUUUUUUCUUUUCAUUUACUGAUUAGAUAUAACCAAGGUGAGAAAA